GCAUUCUCAAUCCUCUUUGAUUAUGUGGGUCUCCCAUUGACGAAAAUGAUUAUUGGCGAACCUUUUUCUGUUACCAAUAUGGAUUGGAAGUUGGAGCGAACUAUCGCGAAUUUAUCAAUCAAACGCUGCAGGACAUUGCUGGAGUUUCCACCUUCCACCGGCCUCACAAAAUACUUGCCAAUUUGCAGUGUUUGAACUUUGAUCGUUCUGUGCUCUUCGGAAUCUGGAAAUUUGCCAUUCAUUUUCUCAUCUACUCAAUCCAAUUAGAGCGUUCGGCUUCUGUGGGGUUUGACGCCAUGUCUAUCCUCCACCUUUCUGCAGAGACACUGUUACUUCGACAACCUCUAAGUCUCAGCCGCCCUCCCCCGUCCUACUCUUCAACCUCAUACCUCUCUCUCUCUCCCUCUCCCUCUCCCUCGAAAUUCCUUCUUCGGUCAUCUACUUCUUCAUCCAUCACCACUCUCCAUCCGGCAAAGUUGAGGUACGGCAGAAGACUUUCAUUCGUCACAAGGGCUUCUUCAUCUGAUUUCAGCGAAAGCAUCGGCGAUAUCCUUGGUGAUGUUGGUAUUUUCACUGCUACCGGUGAACCCGUCAUGUUUAAGGAUCUAUGGGAUCAGAAAGAGGGAAUGGCUGUGGUUGCAUUCUUGAGGCACUUUGGCUGUCCCUGCUGCUGGGAACUUGCUUCCGUACUGAAAGAGUUCAGACCUCGAUUUGAUUUGGCUGGUGUAAAACUAAUUGCUGUUGGCGUUGGAACUCCGAACAAAGCUCGUUUACUAGCCGAACGGCUACCAUUUCCAUUGGAUUGCCUUUAUGCUGAUCCGGACCGGAAGGCAUAUGAUGUUUUGGGCUUAUAUUAUGGUUUUGGCCGCACAUUCUUCAACCCAGCCAGUGCUAAAGUGUUCUCAAGAUAUGAGUCACUACAGAAAGCUGUGAAGAAUUAUACAAUUGAAGCCACACCAGAUGAUAGAAGUAGUGUCUUGCAACAGGGAGGAAUGCUUAUCUUCAAAGGGAAGCAGUUGGUGUAUGCAAGGAAAGAUGAAGGGACAGGAGAUCAUGCCUCUUUGGAUGAUAUCCUUGACAUCUGCUGCAAAGCUCCGGUUGCAUGAAUCUUGGCUGUAAUUAGUGUUCCCUCUUCCUGUUCAUGGUUCCUAUUGCAUUAUAUUGACAACUGGUAUGUAAUAGCAUCUGUCUGAUCAGUUUUUCAACUAAUUGUUACCUUGUUGACAUCAUAUCUAAUAUAAGAAUUAGUGUAGUAUCUGACUCUUAUGAAGCAAAGUUCUAUCUGCCA